AUGCGUCUCAGAAUAGGUGGUCUCAUGCGCAGAAUCCAGCGUUUUAGUGCCUCCUCGUGGUCUGCAUCAGGUCCUGCAAAGCAUGUCAAGAUAGAUGACGAAGAGCGCGGUGUAGACUCCUAUGAUUUACCGACUCGACUACACCAUCAAUCAUCUUUCCACAUGAUUAAAAUGAUUCUCCUGGUCCUCCUAGCUAUUCUAUUCAUAGUCCUCUUAUUAGGAUAUACCAUUUACAAACCACCCCAGUUCGUCAUCAAUUACCUCCAAUGGAAGUAUCCUGACGUCCUAUUCCAAAUUCCUCUCUCAAAUGCCCACCGCGUCAUCGCUUUGACAAUCGACGAUGCACCUUCGGGAGAAACAUCUCGAAUCUUAGAUCUACUCAAGAUCUACGACGCCAAAGCUACCUUUUUCAUCAUCGGCAGCCAAGUUUCCUCGCACCCCUCUCUAAUCCAACGCAUCCACGCCGAAGGUCACGAGUUAGGAAACCACGCCUGGGCCGACGAGCCAUCCAUCUCGCUCCCCAUCUCUGAGCUCGAGCGUCAAAUCAAAGAAGUCGAGGAUCUUCUCCCGCCCAAUCGUCCGAUCUCCGGUUCCAAAAUCCCACCCAAGUACUUUCGUCCCGGUUCCGGAUUCUUCAAUGCGCAAAUGUUGGAGAAGGCAAGACAGUGGGGUUAUCGCGUUGCGUUGGGGAGUAUCUAUCCUCAUGAUCCGCAAAUCCACAAUGCGAGGAUUAACGCGAAGCAUGUUCUGAGUAUGGCGAGACCGGGAGGUAUCAUCAUCAUGCACGAUAGACGAUCGUAUUCGGCUGCCGAGAUUGAGUUGGUUCUUGGAGGGUUGAAGAAGAGGAAGUAUAGGAUUGAGUCGCUAGGAGGCUUGCUUGGAGUCGCGGGGAUGAAUCAGGCGAUAUAA